AUCCCACCCAUAACCAAAGAAAGCAAGUUCAACAAAAAUGUCACCCAUUCAAAGCAAGAAUAGCUCUCAGGAUUUGCUCCAGGCUCAAGUUGACCUUUGGCACCAUGCAUUGGGAUUUGUCAAGUCCAUGGCACUAAAAUGUGCAAUGGAACUGCAAAUCCCUAACACCAUCCAACACCAUGGUGGGGCUAUGACACCUUCUGAGUUGGCCGCAAAGAUCGGGCUCCAUCCAUCUAAGCUUCCCCGCUUACGACGGCUCAUGCGGGUGCUCACCGUAUCAGGCAUCUUUGCUGUCCAUGAAUCCACCACGGCAGACAAGGAGGCUGUUUAUGUGCUUACCCCAACCACUUGCCUCCUCGUUAGCGAUGAAGUUAAAUCGAAUUUAUUUCCCAUUCUGUCUUUGAUGCUUGAUUCAACUGUCCUUGCCCCCUUUUUUGGCAUGAACUCAUGGUUCCUAGAUGAGCACUCUACAUCCUUGUUCAAAAAGGCUCAUGGCCUUACCUUCUGGGAGAUGGCUGACAAGAAUGAUUCUUACAACCAGUCAAUCAACAAUGCAAUGGUUUCUGAUAGUAACUUUCUCAUGGAUAUCAUCUUGAGGGAGUGUGGUGAUGUAUUUCUUGGUAUAAACUCGCUUAUUGAUGUCGCUGGGGGCCAUGGUGGAGCUGCCAGUGCAAUUGCGAAGGCAUUCCCGCAAAUGAAAUGCACAGUGUUGGAUCUCCCUCACGUGGUUGAAGAAGCUCCUACUGAUGACCAUGUGUCAUUUAUUUCUGGCGAUAUGUUCAAGUACAUUCCACCAGCGGAUGCUCUUUUCCUGAAGUGGGUUUUUCAUGAUUGGGGCGACGAAGAUUGUGUCAAGAUACUAAAAAAAUGCAAGGAAGCUAUCCCUCCCAGAGAGGCCGGUGGGAAGGUGAUAAUCGUAGAUAUGGUGGUUGGAUCUGGGCCAAAUGAAAUUGUUACAAGAGAGACACAGGUUUUCUUUGAUCUGUUUAUCAUGUUUCUCGAGGGGAUCGAGCGAGAGGAGUUCGAGUGGAAAAAUGUAUUCAUGCAAGCCGGGUUCAGCGAGUACAAAAUUAUAUCGGUGCUGGGGGUUAGAUCUGUUAUUGAGCUCUACCCCUGAACGCCCCACGCAAAAUUAUGUGGAGUAAUCAUAUUAUAUAUUCAAAAAACGGCAUGAACAGCGUUUGUGCUGUCUUGUUGUAUGCAUGUGCUUUGGUGUGACCGAUAUGUUUACAGCCAGCUUAUUGCAUUUUGCGAGGUGUGAGUAGUUGUGACCAGUGAGUUACCUCUGUCACUGCAAGACAUAUAUGUGUAGCAGGUUAUAUGGAGUCUGCUCCGGUCGUGUUUUUAUGUAUAAAUUACCAUCGACAGUUGGGUGUAUAUUUUCUUAAUGGAGAUAAUGAAUGAUAUUGAGAUGUUA